AUGUCCUCUUCUCCCACUCACAUGUUGGAUACAUCUCCCUUUCCUUCUCUUCCUCCUCUUCCUCCUCUUCCUCAUCUCCUCUCCCUUCUCUUCCUUCUCUUCCUCCUCUUCCUCUUCUUCCUUCUCUUCUCGCCCCUGCUCUCCUCCGCACUUCCUCCUAUCCCAUUUCUUCUCACUGCAUGCCCUCCCGUUCUCAAGGGCCCAAUGUCAAGAGGAAUGCUCCAUGUGCUGGCGCAAGCUGGCACUGCGGCGCAGCGUCGAGAGGAGUGCCCCAUGUGCUGGCGCAAGCUGGCACUGCAAGACGAAACCUGGUACGUGCAAGAUGAAACGUGGUACGUGCAAGAUGAAACGUGGUACGUGCAAGAUGAAACGUGGCACGGGCAAGAUGAAACGUGGAGCUGCUGCUGGCGUGCUACAGGGAGAGAAGGAGAGAAAGGUGCAGCCGACAACCAGCACGCCUCCACUCAUUGCCAAUCUCUCCUCUCUAUUGUCUUUCUUCCUGACUCUCAUGCGUUGCAGUCAGGAGCUGCUGCUGGCGUGCUACAGGGAGAGAAGGAGAGAAAGGUGCAGCCGACAACCAGCACGCCUCCACUCGUUGCCAAUCUCUCCUCUCUAUUGUCUUUCUUCCUGACUCUCAUGCGUUGCAGUCAGGAGCUGCUGCUGGCGUGCUACAGAGAGAAGGAAAUCCAAGCGGCAGAGCAGCGCGCGGCAGCAGCAGCAGCCGCCGCCGCAAUCGCAGCAUCAGUGCGGGGGGCAGCAGGCCGAGGAACCGCGGCACGGGGAGUGGCAGCAAGGGGAGUGGCCGUGAGGGGGCACGUGAGGCGGGGCGCUCAGCCCAUGGGCACAGGGGGGUCUUCGUCCUCGCCCUCCUCUAUUCCUGCUCCCUCCCGCCAUCGCCAGCAGCAGCAGCGGGAGCAGAGGGAGCAGCGGCAGAGCAGCAGUCAGGUAUGUGUGUGGGUAGACGUGAAAGUCAUACGAUGGGCUUUAAGCAAAACGAGUGGCAACAAGGGGCGUGGCGCCCACGAGGAUAUGGGGGGCUCAGCCCACGAGGAUAUGGGGGGCUCAGCCCACGAGGAUAUGGGGGGGCUCAGCCCACGAGGAUAUGGGGGGGCUCAGCCCAUGGGUACAGGACGGUCGUCCUCCAUCCCUGCUCCCUUGCGCCAUCGCCAGCAGGAACUGUCGAGGACGGUCGUCCUCCAUCCCUGCUCCCUUCCGCCAUCGCCAGCAGCAGCAGCAGCAGCAGCAGCAGCAGGAGCAGAGGGAGCAGCGGCAGGGCAGCAGUCAGGUAUGUUUGUUUUUGAGUCGACUCAAGAGCAGCGGCAGGGCAGCAGUCAGGUAUGUUUGUUUGUGAUGAGGGUAGGCUCUCCCCCCCUGGGGACAGUGACUUCUGAGGCGACUUUUGAGUCGAAUUUUGAGGUGAAUUUUGAGUCGACUUUUGAGGUGAAUUUUGAGUCGACUUUUGAGGUGAAUUUUGAGGCCACAGUCACAUCGGGCUCGCCUGUCGAUCGCUUGCUGCCCUCGUCCCUCCACUCCUUCCAACCCCUUACAACCAUGCUCACUCUCCCUUACCCCUCCUCUUCCUGUCCCGUCCUCUCUCCCUUCAUUCCCCUCCCCCUGCGGGCCACAGUCACAUCGGGCUCGCCUGUGGAUCGCUCGCUGCCCUCGUCCCUCCUCUCCUCCCUCCGUCUUACACCGAUAUUCAUUCUCUUUGUCCCCACCCGCCUUAACCCCCUGCGGGCCACAGUCACAUCGGGCUCGCCUGUGGAACGCUGGCUGCCCUCGUCCCUCUGCCACGCCACCUCCUCCCUUUCUGUCCCCGUACAGACGACUCUGCUCACUCUCCUUCCCCUGGACUCCCCUUCUUCCCCCCUGCAGGCCACGGUCACAUCGGGCUCGCCUGUCGAUCGCUGGCUGCCUUCUUCCCUCCUCUCCUCUCUCCGCCACGCCACCUCCUCCUCUUCCUCCUCUCGCGGUCUCUCCGGCUCCUCCCCCCGCUCCUUCGCUCUCUCCUUCAGCCCUCACAGACACCGCUCCUCACGCUCCGCCUCCCCUUCCUCCUCUACUAUCCCCGCCACCAACACUACCACCACCACCACAAUUACCACCUCUUCUUCCUCCUCCUCCUCUUCCUCUGCCUCUCUUUCAGCAGCACUCGCCUCCUCCUCCUCUCCAUCCGCCUCUGCAUCUGCCCCAUCAGCCUCGCUACCCACCACAGCGACCUCUCUUGCCGCUACUGCCACACUCUCGGAUACCACCUCUGCUGCUGUCGCUGCUGGUACCCCUGCUAAUUCUGCAUCUUCUGCUGCUGCGGCCACCUCUGAUGCUGGUGCAGCCCCUGCCUGUCCCUUCACCUCUCCCCCCAUCGCAUGCUAUCGCGCGGACCCAUCUGUUCUCGCAGCAGAGGCAGCAUGCUCCCCGCCCACCUUCUCCCUCUCGCCCUUGCGCCCACGCCCGCCCUCCGCCCUCUCCUUCUACCCACCUGAGACCUCUAGUUCAGGAGAAACCAACAGAGGCUUCAGCCUGUCAGCAGGUGCUCUCCCUUUGGAUACCCCUCUAGGAGCCACUGUGAGCUGGAACGGAGUGCUCCCUAUCAAUUCUUCUGGUUCUGACACAGGAGAAACCCCUCCUCAAAACAGAAGCGGGGUUCUUUAUACAGAGUCUAUCCUGGCACCUACUCCUCCUCACAAUAUUCCUCCUCCUCACCCUUCUACUGCAGCAGCAGCAGCAGCAGCAGCAGCAGCAUCUGUAGCUCACACGGCCUCCUCCCCAUCUGAAAGCUCGUCUCUUGUUGCUGCUUUGGCACCUAUGACCCUAUGGAGGAUCGUACCCCGCCUUUCCCUCGGGGCUGCCAGCCCCACGCCAUCCUCUCGUCCCUCAAAGCCCGCCUUACCUUGCGGUACGUCUCCUUCUCUCUCUCCUCCCACGUCAACUCUUUCCGUCUUCCCCAUCUCUGUGCUUCCACCUGCCUCCUUGCCCCACGCCAUACUCUCCUCCCUCAAAUCCUGUCUCACCUCUCAGUACUUCUCUUCCCUUCCACUCCGUUUCUUUCCUUCUUCCCAUCUCCAUUUCCCCUCGGCCAUCCUCUCCUCUCCUCUCUCAAAUCCCGCCUCACCUCUCAGUGCGCGUCCUUCUCUCCCCUCCCACUUCCAACUGUUUUCUUCUUCCCCAUCUCGCUUCCGUUUACCUCUCUUUCCCACACCAUCCUCUCCUUCCUCCACUCAUGCACUGCCUCUUGGUACCGAGGUACCUCUACAUCCUUCCCACCCCAUCACUCUUCGCUCCCCCAUCCCCCUUCCCCUCGUAUCCGCGCAUAUCCCAGGAGGUCCCAAGGGUUUCGUUCCUCCUCCUCGCCCUCCUCGUUUGCAUCCCAGUGUGUUUCAAAGCACACCGGAGGUCCCAAGGGUUACUCCUCCUCCUCCCAGGCACCAGCCACACUCCGUCACCGAAGCUGACUCUCACAACAGCUCACUAUCCCUCUCCCCUUGUGUCCCUGCCUAUCCCAGGUGGUCCAAAGGCUCGUCCUCCUCUUCUGCCCAGGCACCAGCCACACUCCGUCACCAAAGCUGA